AUGCAAAGAACACUUAGUAAAGUUAUAUUGAAUAGUGGUAAAAAUAAUUUACUUAAAUCAAGUAAUUUAUUAAAUUCAAAUUUAUUAAAAGCAACCACUACAAAUAUAAUUGGAAUUAAAACAAUUAAUAACAAUAACAAUGUUAAUAGUAUUAUUGGUUUCAAAAGUUUAAAUAAAAGAUAUUUUACAAGUAAUACACCAAAAGUUGAAGAGGAAGAUGAUGAAAUUGCACCAGAUGAAGCAAUUAAAGCAGAGGAAAAAAUUAAAGAAACUGAAAGAGUAAUUGGUUUAUCAGAGAAAUUAUCAUUCCAAACUGAAACUCAAAAGAUUUUACAUAUUGUAGCAGAAAGUUUAUACACAGAAAAGGAAGUUUUCAUUAGAGAAUUAAUUUCAAAUGCAUCAGAUGCAAUUGAAAAGGUUAGACAUACUCAAUUGACAAAUGCAUCAAUGAUUGAGGAUGCAUCAAUUCCAUUUGAAAUUAAAAUUUCAACUGAUGAAGAUAAUAAAACAUUGAUCAUUCAAGAUUCAGGUAUUGGUAUGACAAAAGAUGAAAUGAUAAAGAAUCUUGGUAAGAUUGGUUAUAGUGGUAGUAGUGAUUUCAUUAAGAAACUUGGAGAGAAUCCAGAUAAAGCAUCUAUUAUUGGUCAAUUUGGUGUUGGUUUCUACAGUUGUUUCAUGGUUGGUCAUACAAUUAAAAUCUAUACUAAAUCAGCUACACCAGGAUCAAAAGGUUAUUUAUGGGAAAGUGAUGGUACCGGUAGUUAUUCAAUCACUGAAGCAGAGGGUGUUUCACGUGGUACAAAGAUUAUCAUUCAUUUGAAACCAAGUUCCUAUGAAUAUAGUAAGAAAUCAAUCGUUGAAAAUAUCAUUAAAAAGUAUAGCAAUUUCGUUGGAUUCCCAAUCGCUUUGAAUGGUACCACUGUAAAUACAAUUAAACCAUUAUGGACCUUAAAUAAGAAUGCGAUCUCUGAAGAAGAACACAAAGAAUUCUAUCAAUUCCUUAGUAAAUCAUAUGAUACUCCAUCUUAUAGAGUUCACUUUUCAACCGAUACACCAUUAUCAAUUCGUUCAAUCUUUUAUAUUCCAUCUCAACAUAUGGAGAAAUAUGGUAUGGGUAAAAUGGAACCAGGUGUUUCAUUAUUCUCAAGAAAGGUAUUAAUUCAACAAAAAGCCAAUGGUAUCUUACCAGAAUGGAUGCGUUUCGUACGUGGUGUCGUUGAUAGUGAAGAUAUCCCAUUAAACGUUUCUCGUGAACAUUUACAAGAUAAUGGUUUAAUUCAAAGAAUUUCCUCAGUUUUAGUUAAAAGAAUCUUAAAACAUUUAAAUGAUGAAGCUAAAAGUGAUCCAGAGAAAUUCAAUGUAUUUAUGACUGAAUUUGGUGGUUUCUUCAAAGAGGGUAUUAUCACCGAUUUCAAAUGGAAAGAUGAAAUCUCAAAACUCUUAAGAUUCGAAUCUUCAAAUGGUUCUACCGCCUCUAAAACUGACGCUGUUUCAUUGGAACAAUACGUUUCUCGUAUGAAACCAGAACAAAAAAAUAUUUAUUUCUUAUCAGUCCCAAAUCGUGCCGUUGGUUUAUCAUCCCCAUACUAUGAACCAUUCCAAUUGAAAGAUAUUGAAGUCAUCUUUUUAUAUAACGCCGUUGACGAAUUCGUCUUAACAAAUGUCGGUCACUUUGGUGACAAGAAAAUCGUUUCUGUAGAAUCAAAAGAAGCUGAAGAAUUUUUAGCAACAAAUCAAGACAAAAAGACUGAAACCCUCUCUCAAGAUGAAAUCGAUAAAUUUUUAUCAUGGGUUUCCACCGUCGCUUCAGAUAAAGUCACUCAAGCAAAAUCAACAACUCGUUCAAUCUCUUCACCAGCUAUUAUCAUCGAUCAUGAAUCUGCAAACUUCCGUCGUAUGUUGAAAAUGGUUGAACCUGGUAAACAACAUGAAACUCCAAAACAAGUCGUUGAAUUCAAUAUGAAUCAUCCAAUUAUCUUGAAAUUAGUUCAACAAACUGAAUCAAAUCCAACAAUCGCAAAAUUAGUUAUUGACCAAGUUGUUGAUAAUGCUUUCGUUAGUGCUGGUUUAAUUGAAGAUAAUAGAGAAAUGAUUCCACGUAUUAAUCAAUUAUUAGAUUCAUUAUUAACAAAAUAA